AUGCGUUUCACCAUUGCUGCUGUUGCCUUCUUCGCUGGCCUGGUUGCCGCCGACACCACCGUCUUCGAGACUGAGCAGGUUACUGUCACCUCUUGCGGUCCUGAGGUCACCAACUGCCCCGCCUCUUCCGGUGUUGCCACCUCCGUUCCCGUUGUCGCUACCUCCGCUGUUGUCCCCAACGGUGUUGGUGCUGCUUCCUCCGGUGCCCCCAGCUGGACCACCGCUGUCCCCGCUGCUCCCGCUACCACCGGUGCCGCUGCCCCUGCUGGCGGUAACACCGCUGCUCAGUCUUACACUGUGAUCGCCCACACCACCUGUGUUCCCACCGUUGUCUACUCCACCAUCCCCAUUGCCCAGACCACCUCCCCCGUUGGCUCUGGCUCUGGCUCUGGCUCCGGCUCCGGCCCCGCCGGCUCCGGUGCUCCCCACGUCCCCUCCUCUAGCAAGGCUGCUCCCAGCGGUGCCUCCGCCUCUGCCUCUCCCUCCAGCACUCCCGUCUACAGCGGUGCUGGUGCCAUCUCUGGCUCCAUGGGCUUCGCCGGUCUCUUCGCCGCCGCUGCCUACAUCCUGGCUUAA